GAGAGAGAAAGCUCCCUCCCCAAUAUCUCUCUUCCUAUUUAUCCCAAAAAAACCCUAUCUUUCGUAUCUCAAAAUUAAAUAUCUUGAUUCUAUAGAUUCAACUUUGUUCUUCAAUUGCUGAUUCAACUUUUGAAUUGAUCCGAUACUGUUUCGAUUGGAGAAAAAAGAGAGAGAAAAUUCGAGGUAUGCAGGCUGAUCAAACGGUAAUAAGCUUGAGACCUGGUGGAGGAAAUCGAGGAAGAACCACUGGCCCUCGUUUUGAUUCGUCGGCUUUCGGUUCAUCAGAUCUUCCAAUCCUUCGUCCUCAUGGCGGAGCUGGCGCUCCUUCUCUCGCCGCCUUCAAGACUGGUGAUUCCCGCUUUGAAGUCCGUGAACGUGUUCGGUAUACCAGAGACCAGCUGCUACAACUUAGAAAGGUUGUAGAUGUCCCUGAGGAGAUUCUUAAAGUCAAAAAAGAAGUUGACGCCGAGUUUUUUGGUGACGAUCAAAACUGGACCAAAGCAGAAGCAAAUCUGCCAAGUCUUCCUCAGGCACGUUAUUCGGAGCUUGAUAAUCGUGACUGGCGAGGACGUUCAGGUCCUACUUCCGUGGAAGAGAGGUCUUGGGAUGCUGGCCGAGACAAUAGGGAUUCUGGCCGUUUUGACAACAGGCAACAGGACACGAAUCAUUAUAAUCGUCAUGACCAACUGAACUCACAGUUUGGUAGAGCACAGACUCCUAACCAAGGGAGUGGCCCUACUCCUGCCCUUAUCAAAGCUGAGGUGCCAUGGUCUGCUCGGAGGGGGACUCUUUCUGAAAAUGACCGUGUCUUGAAGACAGUAAAAGGUAUCCUGAACAAGCUGACUCCAGAGAAGUUUGAUCUUCUCAAAGGGCAACUUAUUGACUCAGGGAUCACAACAGCUGAUAUUCUGAAGGGUGUGAUAUCCUUGAUAUUUGACAAAGCUGUACUCGAACCUACAUUUUGCCCAAUGUACGCUCAAUUGUGUUCGGAUCUCAAUGGGAAGCUCCCCCCAUUUCCAUCUGAUGAGCCUGGUGGAAAAGAGAUCACAUUCAAGCGCGUGCUGUUGAAUAAUUGCCAGGAGGCUUUUGAAGGUGCAGACAACCUGAGGCAAGAGAUAAGGCAGAUGACAGCCCCCGAGCAAGAGGCCGAGCGUAGAGAUAAAGAAAGAAUUGUUAAGCUUCGUACACUUGGAAACAUCCGUUUGAUUGGUGAGCUUUUGAAACAGAAGAUGGUGCCUGAAAGGAUUGUUCAUCACAUUGUUCAGGUUUUGGUUCAAACACUCUUUGUAUUUCGUUCUUCAUUAGAAUUAGCCUGUGGACAAAAUAUAUCAACAUGUAAGAGAGUUCCAAAAAUCUCUCUUUUCUACCUAUUUUGACCAUUUGCCUGUUGAACCUGUAACCUAUGCUGUUAAUAUCGCGAUAUAUCGACGAUAUAUCGGAUAUCGGACCUAGGCAAAAUAUCGCUGCAUAAAUAUCG